CGGAGAGAACAGAGUGUACCGCAGCCGCCGACGCCGGCGCUCCGAUUUCUAUUACUUGACAGUUUGUUUCGUGUAUAUUAACAUCCCGAAGAAGAAAAACUCAUUUUGUCAUCUUGUCUCUGCGAUUUUUGCCCUGUUCUUUUUUUUCUUUCUUUUUUUUUUUUUUAAUUUUACUGGUGCGUAAAAUCGUCCACACGAAUAUCGCGUGCGGCGGCAACGACGACGACGACGACGACGACGACGACAACGACGACGACGACGGUGUUUCACGAUCGACAUCAAGAGUGAACACCGUUCGGGAGUGCGCGUUCUCGUUCCGUCAUCGUGUCUCCUCUCCACACACAAUCCUCUCUUUUCUCUCUCUUAAAUUUCUUCAAUCGCGGUCCGCGAGGUCGCGCGUGCCACCCCACAAGAUGUGCGCGCGAUCGAGAGAGAUGAGUGGGACCAUUUCGUUGGCGGAUCUGGAUAUCGAAAGAUCGAUGAGUCGGUCCCGCGCCGGUUGAAUGAAGAAGAGAUAUCGAUAAUCGCGUCUCGUUCCAUCGUCCUGCCGAAAGAUCGGCAUGAAUCGCGAGAUCGCACGGAGCCACGACGUCGUGCAAGGUCGUCGCUUUGCAAGCAGCUGAGACUUUGAAAGUGCGGGACACGUCAAGGUCAGCCCCGCGCGUUCUUCCGCGCGUGUCCUGCGCCGCCGGACGACCACGGCGACGACAACGACAAUCACGACGACGACAACGACAAUCACGACGACGACGACGACGACGCCGCCGCCGACGAGGACGAGAAGGUGGAGGAGGAGGAGGAUUGCGACCACGAGGAGGCCGAAGACGUGGGAUUGGAGACCCGUGGUAGCGGUGGUGCCGCAGGAUAAUCGCGGCCGAGGGACCGGGUGCGAUCGGUAUGGAGGUGCGCGCGAUGGAGUACCGUCCCGUGGUGCCCACGGGGGUGAUGCCCACCGGACUCCACCAGGAAUAUCAUGCCACUAUCCCGGAUCUCAGCCCGCCAAGGAGCCAGGGCUCCUCUACCGGCGGCGCUUCCUCGAUCGGCGACUACGCGCCGCGAAUGUACACGCCGCCCACACCACCCACGCCGCACGAGGACGAGAAGAUAUUCGGUAGCAAGGCGGAUCUGCAGCUCCACACGCAGAUUCAUAUGCGCGAAGCGAAGCCGUACAAAUGCACGCAGUGCUCCAAGGCGUUCGCCAACUCCUCGUACCUGUCGCAGCAUACGAGGAUCCACCUUGGCAUUAAGCCGUACCGUUGCGAGAUUUGCCAACGGAAGUUCACCCAGCUGAGCCAUCUACAGCAGCACAUCCGCACGCACACUGGCGAUAAGCCGUACAAGUGUCGGCAUCCAGGCUGUACGAAGGCGUUCAGCCAAUUGAGCAACCUACAGAGCCAUUCUCGAUGCCACCAGACCGACAAGCCGUACAAGUGUAACUCCUGUUACAAGUGCUUCUCCGAUGAGCCAAGUCUGCUCGAGCACAUACCGAAGCACAAGGAGUCGAAGCACCUAAAAACGCACAUCUGCCAGUACUGCGGUAAGAGUUACACCCAAGAGACCUAUCUGGCGAAGCAUAUGCAGAAGCACGCAGAGAGAACGGAUAAGAGACCGCCGAUCAUCGGCACGGGCCUCAGGCCGUCGAUACACGCGAUGACCGCUCACCAUCAGGACCACUACUGGCCCAAAGUUAGCCCGGAUACAGUGAUCGGCGACCUGCACGAGAGGUUGCCGCACCAUCAUACAGAGUACCAUCAGAAUCAGAAUCCGGAGAUGCUACUGCCGGGACACGGACAUCGCGCUGGCGAGUCUAUAGAGAACGACUCGAGGCAACAGACGCCUCAACCAGGAGCGAAUCAUCAUCCUAACAGCAGCUCGGCUUUCACGCCGAUAUCGACGAUCUCGAUUAAUUCGAUCUCUUCGAUGCAGCACCCGUUAAAUCCGCUGAAUCACCUGCAUUACCCUGGUAGCCAUCAUCCGGCGUCCCGACCGUACCUCUACGAGGCGUUCAACACGACGCAGAAGUCGUCGCCAACAUCCUCGUCGUCAGGUGUGACGCCCGGCACUACCAGCAAUCAGAACGCCACGUCCUUCCCGAAUCAGCUGAUCAGCCUUCACCAGAUUAGGAAUUAUGCCCACCAGCCAAAUCUCGGCAAUCUGGGCAACCUGGGGAACCUAGGGAAUCUGAGCAAUCUCAGUAAUCUCAGUGCCACGAUGGAGAGCCAUGCGUUGCUAGGUGGUCUCAAAGAGAAGCAGUAAUUCUGUCUGAUCUUUGGAAAUUAACCUCAGAAAGCAUUCGUGCGCUCUUUGUCUCGGCCUGAGCUUUCGGCUCUCCCUCUAUCCUUUUUCUUCUGCUUUUCGCGUGACACGGUACGUCAUGACGCUGGCUCUUCAUCGAAGCUCGAUCAGUUUCCUGUCCGUGAUCUCUUUAUCCGUCUUUAAUUUAUUCACCACAUUGGUGUAAGUAAAUCCCUUGCGAGCGAAGUCCCUUCUUUGCGUUGGUCUUGUACGCAUAAACAGGUAUGUAUGUAAGAAGGACAGGGUCUUGUGAUUUUUUAGUAA